AUGAUUCACUUCUGCACUUGAUAUUGCUUUUUCUGCCAAAUAGCAUUAACAUUUUUAACCCCAAGUGGGCUUUUAUCAAGCUAUUCUAUGUGUUUACUGUGUAGUGUUGCAUCCAAUUCAAUCCUAUAGUUUGUGGAGUUUGGUGCAUUCGAGGACAUUUGUGGAAAAUAAACGAUUGUGAUAUCUUCACACUGCCGGUUUUGUGUAACGAAAAGACGAACUCUCAGAAGGAUCAUUUUUGCUGAUAACAGCGAUUCCUACUUAAGGCACUUCUAAUUCAUCGCUAUCAUAGUAAGCACAUCACUUACGUGUCCGACAUCGUGUCCGCUACCUCGCAGUAAGUACGUGAAAGAGCAAAAGAUGGGUGUCGUUGGCAAAGGCUCUGGAAUGCGCGCUCUGAUUCUGGUUGGAGGAUAUGGCACCCGGCUACGCCCGUUGACCCUCAGCACACCGAAACCGUUGGUGGAGUUUGCCAACAAACCGAUCCUGCUGCAUCAGAUUGAGGCCCUCGUCGAGGCGGGUGUUACCCAGGUUAUCCUUGCCGUGUCGUACCGCGCCGAGCAGAUGGAGGCCGAACUGAGCGCCCAGGUCGAGCGGCUCGGUGUGAAGCUUAUCUUUUCGCAUGAAACGGAACCCCUCGGAACGGCCGGACCGCUGGCACUGGCUAAAUCGAUACUCUCCGAGAGCACGGAACCAUUCUUUGUGCUCAAUUCCGAUAUCAUUUGCGACUUUCCGUUCAAAGAGCUGGAACAGUUCCAUCGGAGGCACGGACGCGAGGGUACCAUCGUGGUGACACGUGUCGAGGAACCCUCCAAGUACGGCGUGGUGCUGUACGCGGACGAUGGCUGCAUCAAGAGCUUCAUCGAAAAACCGCAGGAGUUUGUGAGCAACAAAAUCAACGCCGGCAUGUACGUGCUCAACCCGUCCGUCCUUUCCCGCAUCGAGCUGAAGCCUACUUCGAUCGAGAAGGAAAUCUUCCCGGUGAUGUCGCGCGAAAAGGAACUGUACGCCUUCGAGUUGAACGGGUUCUGGAUGGACAUCGGACAGCCGCGAGACUUCCUCACUGGGAUGUGCCUGUAUCUGUCAUCCGUUCGCCAGAGGCAACCGGAGCGACUGUACAGUGGGCCGGCCGGAUUCGUCGGGAACGUGCUGGUCGAUCCAACUGCCAAGAUUGGAGCCGGAUGUCGGAUCGGACCGAACGUUACCAUCGGCCCAAAUGUCGUCAUCGAGGACGGAGUGUGUAUUAAGCGGUGCACCAUUCUGAAGGAUGCCAUCAUCAAGUCGCACUCCUGGUUGGACAGUUGCAUCAUCGGGUGGCGUUGCGUCGUCGGCCGAUGGGUGAGGCUCGAGGGAACGACAGUGCUGGGGGAGGACGUCAUCGUGCAGGACGAGAUCUACAUCAACGGUGGACAGGUGUUGCCACACAAGAGCAUAGCGUUGAGCGUUCCCGAACCACAAAUUAUCAUGUAAAUCCGGCAUAAGCGCCAUACCCUUCGCCAUCGCCCGACGUUGAUUAGGAAAAAAAGAAGAGAAGAGGAAACAUAAAACGGAGGUUCCGCGAAUACAAUCGUUAUCCACCGAAUAUGAUAAACCGGUUAUUUUGCGUUCCACCUACCGUGGCAUCUAAUCUUUUUAGUUGAAUCAAAGAUACGUGUGCGUUUGUUUGCCUAGUUUUACAUUUAUUUGAAAUUUAUCUUCUAAGGUUUCGAGAACGCAUGAACAAACUAACAUUGGUUCAAAAAGGUAUAUGUUCUGUGUAUCGAAGUUAAGUAAAGGAAUUUUUCCAUAUUUACCUUCUUGCUGUCUCUUUGAUUGGUUUUAGCUUUUUUUUUAAGUGCAUAAAAGUGCCUACACUGAAAGGACCUCUAACUUAGAUUCUCGAA